AUGGCCGACUCCGAGUCGACUAUCCCUCGAACGCCUGCCAGCGAGGUUGACGACAAGGCGAGCUUUAGCCAUGACGAGCACGCGAGCCACACCGGUCUCGCUCCUGGGGGACGGCGCCAGCUCGCGGCAAAGGGCAAGGACGCCGCGCUCGAGGUGAUCGGCGAGGAGGCGGCGCCGGUUUUGGUCACGCCCGAGCAGAACGCGGCCGUGCUGAGAAAGAUCGACAUGUGGCUCAUGCCUGUCAUCGCAACGAUAUACUUCUUGCAGCAGCUCGACAAGUCGUCGUUGUCGUACACGUCCGUCUUUGGCAUACAAGAAGACGCGCAUCUUCAUGGGCAACAGUACAGCUGGUUAGGCAGCAUUGUCUACGUCGCGCAGCUCGUCUGGCAGCCCGUCUCGUCCUAUCUGCUCGUCCGCCUCCCUGUCGCCAAGUACCUGUUCGUCCACGUCGUCUUCUGGGGCAUCUGCGUCGCAUCGUGCGCCGCGGCGAAGAACUUCACAGGCCUGCUCGUCGCGCGCUUCUUCUUGGGCAUCUUCGAAGCGACCGUCGCGCCUUGCUUUAUCACCAUUACCCAGAUGUGGUGGCGUCGUCGCGAACAGACGUUCCGCCUCGCGAUAUGGAUGGCGGCCAACGGGGGGACUGGGAUGGUCGGGUCGUUGCUUGCCUGGGGUCUGGGACAUAUCAAUGGGAGCUUGCGCCCGUAUCAGGUUAUUUUCUUGUUCAUCGGACUCCUCACCAUCGCCAUCUCGCCCAUCGUUUUGUUCGUUCUGCCCGAUUCCCCGACGAAGGCGCGCUUCUUGUACAAGGAAGAGAAGAUCAUCGCGAUCGAGCGUUUGCGCGCCAACAACAUGGGCGUGGAGACCAAGGUCUGGAAAUGGGAACAGGUCUGGGAGCUGUUGCUCGACCCGAAGACCUACCUCUGGUUUUCCAUGCUCUUCCUUUGCGCAGCACCUUCGGGAGGCAUCGGUACCUUCGGUCCGCUCAUCAUCAAGGGAUUCGGCUUCAACCAAUUCCAUACCUUGCUAUUCAACAUCCCUUUCUCCGCUAUGCAGGUCGUCCUCACCCUCCUAUCCGCCGACAUCUCGCAGCGGAUCAAGCUCAAAUGGCCCGUUCUCUUCUUCCUGACGUUGCCGACCAUCGGGGGCGCGAGCGCGUUGCUCGCGCUAGGACGCGGGACGGAGCUGAAGAACAAGUUGCUGGGGUGCUAUUACGUGCUGUCGUUCUUCACGGCGAUCCAGCCUAUGCUGUACACCUGGUCCAGUCAGAACACGGCGGGCCACACGAAAAAGCUCUGCACUACUGGCAUGAUCUUCGUCGCCCAGUGCGCCGGCAACAUCCUCGGACCUCAACUGUACCAAUCUAAAGACGCGCCCGUCUACCGAAGAGGUCUCAUCGCAAACCUGGCUUGUUGGGUCACCUUGGCGGUCCUGGUCCUGAUCACGGCAGCGUAUCUCGAGUUCCUCAAUAGAAGACACGCCAGGAGGAGGGAGCUCGCCGGCAAGGUCGGAAAGGUCAUCGACGUCUCGCUCGAGGACGACGUGCGCGCGCACGAGAUACAACAGGAGCUGCAUAACCGGGAUGGUGGAGAACCGAGCGGGUUGAACGCGCGCGCGUUCGACGAUCUGACCGAUACACAGAACGAGGAUUUUAUUUACGCUCUAUGA